AUGCAUUUUGUGGAUGGCAAACACAAAUGGUUCAACAACAGACAACAAAACUUUGUCUCGGUAGUCAACCGAACCCUACAAGGAUACCUUGAUCAAAACCUCUCCAUACACAAACUCCAUCUUCACUUAUGGAGACCCGGCUCACGACCGGUCAUCUCCCUUCCCGACAAGUGGAUCCCGAAAUUAGCCGCCCUCAACAUAAAAGCGUUCAAACUUAGCAUUUUUUCUUCUACUUCGGUGUAUUACUCGGCAGUGUUCUUAGCCGAGUCCCUCGAAGAACUACACCUGUACCAAUGCUGGGUGAUCCCGGCCAAGAGCGUCCGGUUCAAAAGUCUGCGCACGCUCACCCUCGAACGGGUCCAAGUUGAUUGUGGGACUUUCGAGACAAAAACCUUGGGAUGCCCUUUGCUCACGCGUCUGGUCCUUAAUAAUUGUCGGGAGUUGAGAAACGUUAGGUUGAGCGAGGCGCCUGGGCUCAAGCACUUUGAAUUGUUUGAUUCCGAGAGGAGAGAAGGGGGUAGCAUCGAAAUCGAUGUCCCGAAUCUCGAGACGUCCCUGGAGACAGUUGUGGGUGGGGCUCAUGAGGAUGAAGAGACCCGUCCCGGGCCCGAAACAGAUGGAGGUUCUGCUGAAGGGUCUGCUUCUUUGCCCACAGGCCCGAGAGUUGUCGCACAUCUUAGUUGGUUCUCUCAGUAUGAGCAUUCAACUUCUGCUAAGGUGGUGUCGUUAAAGUCUGGGAAUGGGCUGUGGCCCUCGGAGAAACACAAUCUUGAGGCUAGAUUUGGAGGGUUAAGAAGCGGAAUAGAGUUGGUGAUUGCAAACUCAGUCCUCUAUAUUAAGAAGCGGAAUAGAGUUAGUGAUUGGAAACUCAGUCCUCUAUAG